CUCCCCUGUAGAUCCCUGUAUCCUCUUCCAUGAAGGAGGACACUGGAGAGAGGUCACAGUGAGGACUAAUUCAGUUGGAGACAUCUAUGACAAGGUGCAGUAACGAGGACUCUCCGUAUCAGCUGCUGCAUGGGAAAUCGCACAUCUACGAGGAGGUGUUAGGACGCAAGUUCCGAAUCUCUCCAGAUGCCUUCUUCCAGGUGAACACCGAGGCUGCAGAGGUCCUGUACCACACAGUAGGAGAGCUGUAUCUUGACAGAGGACAGGACACUGUGCUAGAUGUAUGCAGUGGUACAGGAGUUAUUGGCAUCAUAUUGUCAUCUAAAGUAAAAAGGGUCAUUGCAAUUGAAGUAGUUGAGCAGGCUGUAAAGGAUGCUAAGCACAACGCUUCCUUAAAUGAUGUGUUCAACUGUGAAUUUCUGGCUGGAAAGGCAGAAGUGAUUCUUCCCCAGUUAAUGCCCUCAUUGAAAUCUGAAUUAGGUGUCACUGCUGUUGUGAACCCAUCCCGAGCUGGACUGCACUACCGUGUAAUACGGGCCCUCCGUAGUAAUCCUGCAGUUCGCAGGCUUAUCUACAUUUCAUGCAAACCGUGGGGUGAAGCCAUGAGAAAUUUCAAGGAACUUUGCUGUUCCUUUCCCGGUGAACCCUUUAGACCAACGGUUGCCGUCCCUGUGGACAUGUUUCCUCACACUACGCACUGUGAACUGGUCAUUGUGUUUGAGAGGUAGCAUGUAAAAAAAAAAAAGUUUUGAAAAUGAAGAGGUGAUUAGAAGUGGAUGAAAGCCCUUGAAUUCUAAGAAGUUUCAUGGCUACUUUUUAAUAAAAGAAAUCUAAUUCUGGGUAGAAGCGGGUAAAUAUAUCUAAAAACAUGUCAAAACAAUAAUGCUCUCUUGGACCCUCUCAAUGGAGCUCUUCUCUAAAUGUCAGAUAUAACUCUUAAAUGCAUAAUAUGAUUAAUAUUUUUGUAAAACGUAUGUG